AGUAGUGUUUUCGAGAUGAAUGUAAACAUCGGACCGCGCAUUGAGACUCCUGAAACGAUAGUUACGAAGCGACACAUAGUGUCAUCAUAGAGCUAGACGGCGUUAAGAUUUCAAAGUAUUUUUUUAGCAAGUAAUAUGAUAGUUUCUAGCUCGUGGCUAUUCCUAUAUUAAUCCUUGAAACAGGUUGAGUGCCUUACGCUUGACUUGAUACGCAGUCUAUUCGACCAGUGACAAGAUGAAAUGAUAACUGUAUCAAGAAUUAUCGUUUUGAAAUGUAGACUGACAAAACGCGUUCAUUUAAGAGCGCAAGAAUGCGAAGAAUUUCGUAUCUUCUUGGUCUAUUUUCCGUUAUCCUUUUGGAAUAUCCUCUGCAACUAGUUAAAGGAAACGGUUAUCUCAUUGAUCGUGAUUUAAUCGCGAAGAGCGACGGUUUUAAAUUCAACGUUCAUCGUGGAACUGGAAAAGUUAAGGGGAAAGGAUUUCACAGCCUCGGAUGUUGGAAGGACACUUGGGCAAGAGCACUUCGAGUGCUAGAGAGACGCCAUCGACUUUUGAUGGAUGUAAAUUACAAGUUACGCGAAGAUCCGCUUAGAAAAUGUGCCAUCGCUGCAUUGGACAACAAGAUGGAGCUCUUUGCAAUCGAAAAUGGCGGACAGUGUCUUGGUGACAGUGAAAUUUCGUUAUCUUAUCGAAAAUAUGGAAAAACGACAACUUGCAAAGAAGACGGUUACGGAGGACCCUGGGGCAUGCAAGUUUACGGCUUUACAAAUUUUCGCAAUGGUGGAUACAGUAAAUGGUCCGAAUGGACGUCUUGUAGUAAAACGUGUGGGAAAGGGAUACAGAAACGAUAUCGGACGUGUAUGAAUCCAUCCCCUGCGCGUGGUGCGCGAAACUGCGAUGGACUGGGACCGAACAUCGAAAUAAAACUAUGCGAAUCAUAUUGUUUAGGUGAACUGCGCGAUGCUACACAGGAUGGGAAAUUUUCUAAAACAACCGAAAGAGCAGAGUUUUUGAUUGACGCGGAGAACAAAAAUGAAAGUUAUGGGAGCAUUAAGAAACAUGAUAAUGGAGUUCGGGGUGAUGAAAACAACUACGAUGUAGACAAACUAUCAAAAAAUUUCCCAAAAGGUUUUUCGCUUGAAUCUUUUAGAGACUUUCCCACUGUAAAUGAAGAAAGGGCGGAUGACAAUGAGAUGAUCGAACCCUUAUAUUUUAAGUCGAUUUCCAGAAAAAACGAUGACCACGCUUCAAAAAGUGAAAUGGAAGCCAAAAAAGAUUCACAUCGCUCGAACCUGCAGACAUCGUUAAAUGGUGGCGAGCUCAUGCCCAUUCCCCCAUCACAGAAAGACAAGAAUUCGCGUUUUCGGGACCGUGUUCGGAUUGCAACCGAUAUUAAUCGCACACUCAAGAAAAUUGAUGACGGAUUCCGAUUAAAACAUAUUGAUGUUAAGGAGGAGAAACGAGGUGGAAAAAAUGACGAGGAAAGAGCAGAUAAGAGACUCUUGGAAGGAUGUGUGUGUCCUGUGGUGUCGUGCAAUCAUCUCGCCGACACAGGAAUGUUCAUUGACAACACGAACGUGACUGACAUCAAUGAUCUCAAUGAAAUGAAAGCUUUCGCCAAAGGACUGGCUAUUGGUUUUAGGACGAGGUACAAAGAUGUACUUAUGGGGAUCAUAGCCAACGGUAUGAAGCGUUCCGAUGUUGAUGCAUCUACGACAACGACGAUGAACGCAAGGGAUUGGAUCCAAAGCUUCGAAAAAAGUCGUGAAAAUUGGAAACCGACCUCGAAUAUUCCAGAAACGCCUCAGUAUCGAUCUUCGAGGCAACAUUUCUCUAGUGACCCGGCAACCGGGGUUGACAGUAAGGCAUAUAAGCGGGCAGAAGCGUACAUGUUGGUCAAACAGAAGCUACCGGUUCCGCCAAUACUCAAUGACGUUCUUUUUGUGCUGGUCAGCGGUUCCUAUAGCGAUGUUGAAGUGCAUGCGCCGAUUAAAGAAAUGAAGGCGGCGGGAACAAAAAUCGUCGUAAUUGGCGUGGGGCUUGGCGCCAAGAUUGGAAAGCUCGCAUCGCAAGCUGACGAUAUUUUCAUGGUACCCCCCGGAACUGGAAAUGCAAUAGUCAAUGCCAUUGUUUAUGCAGUUUGUAAAAAAUAUCUUAUGGGGAAACCUGGUCCGAACAUCAUGCCAUGUCCAUGUUUGGCAAAAGCGAUAAAGAAAACUACAGCUUCUGAAAAACCUGAUAUUGAAGUUUUGCGACGUCCGAUUUAUGGAGAAAGCAACGUCACAUUUCAUAUGGAAACGAACAAGGAGGUGACAAUGACAAAGUACCAAACAGGGAUGUUUCAAACUAGCAAUGUAGCCAAUGGCGAUACUUUAUAUAACAUGGCGAAACCUUCAGGGACCGAAAUUAUUUCACCGGCACAAUACUCCGCGUCAUCCGAUCAAAACACGCCCUUCACAGGCAUAUCGUCGCCAUCCAUGCCGCCCGCAAAACCCUCCGGGUCUGAUGCGGUCCAGCCCAAUAAUCAGGUCUCGCAUAUGGCACAUGAAACAACAUCCGGGAGACCGGCGAACACAAUCAUGCGCGUAAAUGACAAUCUACAGCCAAUAUCCAAAGUUUUGUCGACACUUGGUGAAAACAUCAACAAGGCUCAUGAAAAUGGUAAACUGAAGAAAGGCGGCAAAGAUAUGGGCGGUCAUAUACAAAGGUUGUUAAAAACCAUUGGAUUGUUAAAAUCCCAGGUGAACGAGUUGCGGUUGAAUCACGAGCAGACCGACGGAGUUCCUACCACCCAAUCAGAUGCACGGUAUGAAAAUCAAAGAGGAUCAGUCGGAAAUACAGUUGACCGCAAAACAGAAAAUAAAACGUCCACUCAUCGAGUAUCACCUGGCAGAAAAUUACCGAAAACUGCGGGGAUUCAAUUGCCUUCGAAAAACAGUACUUAUUUAAAAAUACCAUCGUUGACGUUGAGAAUUGUCGAUGAAAAAAACGUACAGCCCGGUAAGGAGGCCGUAUUUCAUAUCAAAGGAAAAGGUCAAGUCGUGCACUUUGCCAAGCCAUUAGAACGCUAUCAGGCCGACGCGAUUGGUCCAACACCUAUCAAUGGCGUUAACGCGCCGAGUUCAGCUUACGAGCCACCAAAGAGCGCUCAUUACGCAGGCGCGCAAAAGUUUAAAAAGAUUUCAGAAAAGAUACAACAGAGCAUUCUCGAUUCGACACAACACACGCAGGGUUUGGGCGAACCGUUAAAGAUCGAUGUUCAUUCUCAACCAUCGAUUGUAAUGCCCAUGUUGCCUUUCGAUGUCAAUGAAACAAGCGCAGCCAAAAACAACACACAAAUCACGAACUCAGUCAACAUGGCGUCAAGUGAUGGGAGGAAUCAUAAAAAUAAGUGGACAGUGUCCAUGAACGUACCACCGUUUUUCGUUGCCUUGGCGACAAAAAACACGACAAAACAUGAAAGAAAUACUUUCGUUGGACUGGCACGGAAUCAGGAAAGGCAAAAGUGGAAUGAACCAUUUUCAAAGUCCAGUGCCCUGAGAUGGGAUGAUUUCAGGCAACGUCAAGAUCAAGGUCAAGAUCAAGGUCAAGGUCAAGGUCAAGCUGCAAACUUUGAACGUCGCUUAACUGCAAAAAAUACGGCAAAUCGGUUCACACCUGUUAAGUCAAAUUUACCAGACUGCAAUAUAAAUCUGGGUUUCGUCGUUGACGGAUCUGCGAGCGUUGAAGGAACCGGAAGAGGACAUUUUCUGAAAAUGAUCAACUUUGUCAAAGGCGUGAUACACCACUUUGUCGUCCUCUCCCAACAGGUUCACAUAGGGACACUAGUGUACAGCACGAAUACAAACGUCAUCCUGUCGUUUGGAACAGCAGGAACAGAAAGGGUUGUUGAUGAAUUGCUAGAUAGCAUUAAUUAUCCAGGGGAAGGAUCUCUCACGGGGAAAGCGAUGAAAGACGCUUGGAACAAGAUGUUUGUGGCGGUUCCACGAGGUCGGAAAAAUACGAUGAUUCUGAUGACCGAUGGUCCCUCCAAUGAUGACGUCAAGAAACCGUCAAAGUGGUUGAGAGACAAUGACGCGGAGAUCUUCGUCAUCGGCUUGGGGGAUGGUUACGCGAUGAAACAACUGCGAGAUAUAGUCAGCACGCCAGCUAAUGAACAUAUUAUAUUAAAGAAUUACAAUGACUUAAAAUCGUCGGUGACAGAAGUGAGAAACAAAAUUUGCCAUUUCAACGCACAGGAAGUGUUACAGAUCACGAAAAGCAGUUUGUACGCCAACAUUCUGGAGGAAAUGAACGCAUUCCAAAAGAGUGCAGGCUCCAAUCAGUGCAUCCUGGACGUUGUGUUCCUAUUGGAUGGCUCGAUACAAGUCGAGAGGAAUGGAGUGGGAAAUUUCCAACGUGAAGUGAACUUUGUCAAAAAAGCCACCCAUUAUUUACCGCUGUCGCGAAACGACGUUCAUAUUGGAGUAGGAUUGUUAGGUGACGCUGAUGUUGUCAUUUUCCCUAUGAAUAAACACUAUACGGAGGAUUCUAUCAUCUACGAAUUGGACAACAUACACUUUCCAGCAUCCUCUGGCAUUCAAUUUGAAGAACUCGAAUAUGCAAGACAAAAUAUGCUUUUUAAAGGCACAAGGAUCAUGGCGCCGAAGGCUUUUGUUUUGGUCACCGAUGUAAGUUCUAUGGAUUCGUACAAAAAACCUUUUGAAGAACUUCGAAAAGCCGGGUCACAUUUUGUGAUUUUUGGAGUCGGCGCCAAAGUGUACUCUCAGGAAUUCAAAAUUGGAGCAAAUGUUAAAGGAAUGAAAAGUGAGACAAUAUCGUUGAAUAAUGAAAACGAGGACGACGCAGCGCAACAUAUGGCCAGAAAUUUAUGCAAGCUUUCGAACUCAAAACGAUCUACGACGCCUCGUGGUAACUGGUUGCCAACAUUUAAAAAAAUAAACGCUAGCUGGUGAAAGAGCAAAAUGACCCCACAGAAAAAUGACUCUAUCAUUCAGGAAUCAUUUUGAGAAUUUUCCACAAUGAAUAUCUUUAAAUAAUGUAAAAUUAACUACAAGUAACUUCCAAACCAUACUAAUGUUCGAAGUACUGCUUCAAAAGUAAUCCUCCCGUGGAAAAUGGAAGUUGUAAAUGCUUUCGACGCGUCAACCAUGCAGGUUUUUUUUAGAAGAAUCUAGAUAUUUUAUUUAAUGAUAAAAUUAUAAUGAACAAAUAUGGACGACAAGCGUCAAAUGUGUACACAAUUUUAAUAAUUAGCGUUUGAAAUAUUUUUAAACCAAUGAUAAAUAAAUACACUGAAAUUUCAA